AAGUCGAUUGAAAUUCAGUUUCAGAAUAUGCAAAAUGUAUUUUAUUUCAUAUUCAAAUUUGUUCGAACUCAACACAGCAUAGACAGCAAAACUGAACGGGAUAAGCUGCAUCAUUACAUUGGGUUUAGACUUUGAAGUGAAAAAAAUCUUAUAGUGAUAUCAGAUAAUAAAAAUUAAAUAACAAAUGUCUCCAGAAUUUUAAAAAGAAGAAAGAAAACUGGAAGUUGAUUAAAAUACUUGAAGUUACAUAUAUCUUUCUAAAACAGUUUUUCGUUUGACGUGAAAAAAGAAACAAGAACAAGAUGGCGGCGAUUAUUGCUCAGAUGACGCGGCAAAACAGAGAGCGGGCAAAAAAGAAAAGAUACGAGUCUGCUAAAUGUAUGUACGAGCUUCCACCUUUUGAUCCUCAUUAUGAUCCAAAAAUUCACAACAAGUAUAUGGCCAGACGUCAAGCAUAUAUAAAACAAGAGGCAGAAAGGCAACUUUUGGAAGAAAUAACUAAAAAAUUCGAAGAAGAAAGAAAAAAGAAGCAAGUUCAGGUUAAGUUCACGUGGAAAGUGUGUUUAAUUGAGUGCGGAAUUAUAACUCUUCUUCUAUCAAUAGUUCCUCUCAUCGUUCUUUUCAUAGAAUUAUUUUGGUCGUAUGGAGUGGUAGAAUAUACUGGACUUCAUCGGAGACACUAACAACAGCAACAACUACAACACUAACAACAGC